GAAGAGGAUACACAAGCAAGCGAAAGCACAAGACAUCCUCUGUCAAGUCGUGUUUAGUUAAGAAAAUGUACGAGUGUCGAUAGCCCUCUGAAAAAGCGCGCUGUUCGGUAUGCUGUCAGCGAUCUCUCGCAGUUCACGCGCAUCUUGAACGCGCGGCGGAGUUCAGUGAGUGACAGGUAAGCAAAGCUGUCUCAGGUUGUCAGAUAUGGACCAUAAGCAUGUAUUCGCAGGAUUACAGACUAUUUGUUCGGAUGUUAUUUCGACUCUGAAUGGAUCCUCCAGUAAUUCUUCACAUGCUGACGCCGCUGAGCGUCUGUUGGGAGUCAUGAAGCAGAUUCAGGAACACGGUCGUGCUGUUGAACCUUUGAUCACUGGAUUUAUGACCGUCUAUCAUCAUUUCGAUUUGGAUGCACAGACCCCAGGAAAUGGAUAUCGGACUCUAGUGAAGGUGGUUCAUUCCUGUGUUAUCCACAUUACCCAAAAGGCCCGUUACAUUGCAUCAAACUGCACUGGGGCAUUUUUCCGUAUGGACCAUAAUGUGGCAGAAAUGGAAGCGUACUGUAGUGCCCUGUGCCAACUGCGGGCAUUACUUUACCUGGCACAGAUAUUACUCAAUGACAAUCCCAACGGUCAGCUCUAUUCACAAGAGGAAGGAGGUUUAAGCGAGAGGUUUGUGCAAGAAUACAUCUCCAUGCACAAAGCCUGUUUCUAUGGCCGCUGCUUGGGCUUCCAGUUUUCUCCCUCUCUCAGGCCUUUUCUACAGACUGUGGUGAUCAGUAUGGUGUCUUUUGGAGAAAACUACAAGAAACAGCAGACUGGGCUAGGCAUCGCAGCUCUUUCCUUUUUUACAUCGGGCAAAUAUGUGGUGGACCCUGAGCUGAGGGGGGCAGAGUUUGAGCGCAUCACUCAAAAUCUAGAUAUGCAGUUUUGGAAAACCUUUUGGAAUAUUACAGAAACAGAGCUUUUAUCAGGUUUGACAAGGAUUACCUCCAGUGUGGUGCAAGUGAAUGUAACACUAACUGUUCCAGCUGAGAGUCUGAGUUUGCCUCUGGCCUCUGACCCCAGUCUCUCAGUCGCUGUGAAGCCUCCGGUUGCACACUGGGGCCCUGGACCGGUCAAUGUGCGCUUGAUCUCACACGUUCUUCGACAAGGACAGGACAGUGCCGAACUGUUGGCACUUUCUCGUCCUGAGGGUCCUCAACUCUCCCUGUCAGGGGGUUUCAAUCGUCAGACAGCUCCUCUUUCUCCAUGCCUGCUCAUACACUUCCAUGGAGGAGGAUUUGUUGCACAGACUUCAAAAUCACAUGAGAAUUAUUUAAAGAGCUGGUCUAAAGAUCUGAAUGUGCCUAUCCUGUCAGUGGAUUACUCUUUGGCUCCAGAGGCCCCGUUCCCCCGUGCUCUAGAGGAGUGUUUCUACGCCUACUGCUGGGCAUUGAAGAACUGCCACCUGCUGGGCUCGACAGCAGAGCAUGUUUGUUUGGUGGGAGACAGCGCAGGCGGUAACCUGUGUAUAACCGUAUCUAUGAGGGCGAUGUCUCAUGGUGUACGUGUUCCUGAUGGGAUUGUGGCGGCGUAUCCAGCGACUCUACUAACAACAGACGCCUCACCAUCUAGACUGCUCACUUUAAUCGACCCUCUGCUGCCUUUGAGUGUGCUCUACAAGUGUAUCGACGCCUAUGCUGGUUUGAGCUGUCGAUCAGUACAGCCAGCUCAGCAGUUGGACACCCUGGCUGCUCUGGGACAAGACACAGUAAAGAUGCUGAGUAAAUUUGCCCAAGGAGCAACAAACUGGAUUCAAACUUUACUAGACCCAAAAGCACCACCAUCAUCCUCAUCAACAGCCUCUGCAACCACUUCAUCAAACGGUCCUUCAUCUUUUAAACCACAUUCUGAGGAAGCACCACAAGAAGUCAAAGAAUACCCAGAAAACUUUGAGCCACUGCGAUCCAGUUGUCUGGUGGAUAUAAAGACGCCUUGCACACCGAUUAUGAAGAACCCAUUUGUUUCUCCACUUCUUGCUCCAGACAGUCUUCUCAAAGGGCUUCCCCCAGUGCAUAUAGUGGCCUCAGCAUUGGACGCCCUGUUAGAUGAUUCAGUCAUGUUUGCCAAAAAGCUGAGGAAUAUGAACCAGCCAGUGACGCUCACUGUGGUGGAAGAUCUUCCUCAUGGAUUCCUGAGCCUAUUACAGCUCUCCAAAGAAACCCAGGAAGCAGCUGAUAUUUGUGUGAAACGAAUCAGAGAAGUCUUGAAGCUGGAGGAACCAACAGCUGAUCAGAAGCAGUCAAGCAUUGUUUAGACAGUUUUAUGCUUGGGAAAGUUGAGCAAAGUCCAAGAAAUAGUGGACUUAAAGUAGUCGAAAUAACUUCGACAGGUUCAAAACCAGAUAAUUAUUUAAAAUAAUCCUGGAAGCAGUUCAUAGUUUUCAGUCAUGUGACUGGCACAGAGAUCUGGAGAGCAAUACAUCUUUAGAAAUUCUGUCAGGUUUACAUUUCUUUCAAGGCACAAAUAUUUAGAUCAUCUCGCAAACAAAAUAAAAAUAAAAAGGAAAAAAAAAACACUCAGAUAAGUUGACAGUUGGCAAGACGUGGGAAUUUGCAAUCCAUUUAAGCACUUUAUGCAGCAAAAAAAGUGUCUUAUUAAUUCUAAUUAAUAAAAAAUAGACCCAAUUCAGUAUACACUUCACACUGAUACUGACAUUGCAUAUGAGACAAAUUUGGAAAUACUAUCGUUCAUCCAAAAAUGAAAAUUCUGUCAUCAUUUACACAGCCUGCACUUGUCCCAAACUCGUUUCAGUUCUUUCUUCAUUUGGACACAAAAGAUGAUAUGUUUAAGAGGUCAUUCACACAGAAUGGGAUAUCCAAUCCAAUGCACUAUUUUACCAUUGUUUUUCUAUUUAAACACAUGCUUGACGGACAUAAAUGACAGUUAAUAGUGCAGUAGGUGAUCUGCCUAAAUGCUAACCGGUUAGCAUAAUAUGUUCGAAGCACAAUCCCCCCCCUGUUGACCAAAGCCACGACUCAUGUGAUUCGCCAGUUAAAAAAUGUCAUAGUACUUUAUAGUACUACAAUUCAGAAUAAAAAACUGUAUUAUAUCUAGCACGUUUUCAGUUGUGUAGCAAGCAAAACUUGCCAUAAUGUGCAAUAUUUCAUGCAUCCAAGAAUCGCUGGAACUCUUGAGCGCAGUGAAAUCUGAUACUUCUCGAACAAGCUUAUGUUUCCGGUGUGGUACAUUCAUCAGUGUAUGAAUGGAAGUCAAUGGGGCAAAACGUGCAGUCUGACCACACCUUAACCAUGUUGUUUGCGAGUAGUUUACACGUAGAAUAUGCAAUGUGCAUAUUCUACAUGCAAACAACAUGUUCUUGUGUUUGCCCGUUUUUUUUUUUACUUUCUGGCUUUCCAUACAUGAGCACUGCGUUUUUAAGAUGUCAACUUAAAGGAUUUUCAGCUUUUACAGUGCUGCUCAUUAAUGUUAGUUCCAAAGCAGUGGACCAAUCAGAAUAACUCAGCAUGUUUCCAGAUGCAAGUUGGCAUGACAACUGUUUUAUUUGAUGGCAACCUGAUUUAAAACAUUCAUUGAGUGCUGUGUCAAUGGCUAAUGUGGGAAACUGCUAGUCAUUAGCUACGUUUUCAUCCACCUAUUUUUAUGUGCAUUUUGGACAUGCGCAUAAAAAACGAUUGAUAGAAACGAAAAGAUGCGCAUACAUUUUAAAAAUGUGCGUAAAAAACAUAUGCGCAUAACUGAGUAGGAUAUACUUUUUAUUCGAUAAGAAAAGAUGCGUGUAAACUACGACGGAGACACUUUUACCAAACAAAUUCCAGUAUGUGCAUUAAAAAAGUCAUGUGAGUUUGUUAUAAGAGAUCAUGUGAUGAUAAAAAUGUGUGUGAAUGGACAAAUCAGCAGGCUGAGCACACUGUAAAACAUCUGAAGUGUUGUUUUGGUCAUUCUAAAAUGCCUUAACCGUUUCAGUAUUAGUGUUAUUUUAUUAUUAAUUACCUCCAGAACCAUCAAGAGUGUCUGUGCUCCGUGUCUCACGCCUUCAAACACUAGCACGUGUUCAUUGCGUGUCGGCAUUUGUCUUCUGAGGCGUGAGUCAUUUAUUAAAUAAUAAAAAGAUUGACACAGCUUCUCUGACUGCAGCAAAUUCCAUUUUUACUGUUGAUAUUUGCCACCAGUUUAUCAGAAAAUGACGAUUUUGAUCUCUUUGAUUCAUUGGAUGGAAACGCUGCUUUAUUCGCACGUCUUUUAUGCAACAUUCCAGUUUUGCGCAUACAUUUAAUUAGCAUUUUUGGAUGGAAACAUAGCUAGUGUCAGUUUCAAAGCAGUGGACCAAUCAGAAGAACUCCUCAUUAUGAGCUUCUGUUUGAAGUAGCAUGUUGGCAUGACAACUGUUUUAUUUGACAACAACAUGAUUUUUCAAAAUACAAUCAUGAGUGCUGUGUCAGUGACGCCAAGCCGCCUUUCAGCUGCACACGACAUUUGGACACGACUGUCGGAUUACGCCCCCUUGUGGCAGUUGCACAUAUUUCAUAGUUGCAAGUUUUGUUGUGCAUCAUGGGAGAGAAGCUGUUCUCGCAGUGUCCGAAAUAAAGGAGUGCAAAAGCCUUUAUUCUCUGUGCAUUCACCAUGGUUGAAUGAAUGAAUACUAGAAACUCAUAGACCGGUAAAACUUUUGGAGGAAAUGUGGGGACAACAUUAAAAUAUAAUAUUUGCAUUGCUCAUUUAUGAAUAGAAAUGUUUUUUAAUACAAACUUUUUUUCCUGAUUCAAAUAAUAACAAAAAAACUACUAUUUCUCAUCUUGCGCGCACGGACCUGCUUGGACAACACUGAAAUACAUCACAACCAGUUAGCUGGUUGCAAAUAAUCUAGUCGCAGGAGUUAUAUUUUAACAAUUUUUAUUUUCAAAUAUUUUAACAGAUCCGCAGCUUAAAUCAGAUCCUAAUUUUCUGCAUAGGGAGAUGAUUGGAACUCCCAGACUACUCUCUAUUGGAAAUGAAAGACUUCCGGUCUGUCUAAUUUGUCGUGUGCAGUGGAAAGGCGGCUUAAGGAUGUUGGAAAUGUACCAAAAAUACCAUUAAAGUGGCGUCUUAAUUUUUUCUAGAGCUGUAGCCACAUUUUAGUUAUUAGCUUCACCAAACUUUAGUAAACCAUAAAAGAUCACAAGUGGUAGAAGUCGAAGUUCGGUUUUAAAACGUCAUUUGAAGUUUAACCAAUAGAAGCUGGGUCUCAGGCCUCGUUUGAUUGGAUGGACCAGAUGUCAGUCUGAGUGGGCCAGCUAUAACUUUACCAUCAUAGAUGAAUCUUUUCGUUUGUUUAUAACUGACAUCAUUAUUGGGAUGUGUACUGAAUUGGGUCUUUUUAGUACAUAUUCUGUAAAAAUGAAUGCCUUUGGCCUAGAUAUAUAAAAUUUUAUAUAUAAGUAAUUGAAUUGAAUUUAAAAUACUGUAGUUUUUUAUUUAUCAGAACAACUUUAUUGGAAAAAAUGGCAACAAUGUUUAAGAGGCUUUUGCCUUUCCAGGUGGUUGUUCCUAUAUGGAUGUAUUGUUGAUCUCGCAAUACCAAAGUCUGAACCCCUGAGGCUACAGCAUGUCCAGUUUUACAUCAGAGUGAAUAGUUUUUAAGAGAUUCACAAUGACCACUGUUCUGUUCAGACCAAACUGAAUGUCUAAACAUCCACCAUUGUGCCUGUAGUGAUGCAAUAUUAUCUGUCCAAGCUGCUUUUGCACUGCUAACUAUCUCCUUUUUAAAGCAACUUGCACUGUGAACUUUGUGUCAUUUCUUUCUAGUUUGAGUCGAAAUGAAAAAGAGUCGAAUGUUUAAACGUAAGGAAGCAAAUACAUAGUUACUUUCUAUUGUUUGAUUUAAAAAUGCAGCGUUUUUUCCAAUGAUAUUAGUACAUCUGAUAUUAUCAAUAUUGCACCAAUAUUGGUCAGUAAAGCAGCACAGAUUUUCAUGCUUUAUAUAUAAUAAUAAUAAAAUAAAAAUACAUAAAUAGGCCCAUAAAAGAUGGCAUUUUAGUCCAGUGCAGCUUGUGGCCUAAAAUAACAUUACAUUUAAAGUUAAAAUGUAAACUGUAGCAUAAUUUUAAAAUGUUUAAUUAAUUUUACAUGGAAAUGUGUGUGUGUGUGAUUAUUUGAGGAGCAGAGAUUAUCAGUUCUAAGCUUUACACCAUUGUGUCUUUUCAUACCCUUGUCUACACUUGAGCUUUUAUAUUAACACGUUACCUCAUCUUUUUUUCUUGAAGAACUGGUCCGGCGCACAAGUACAUUUAGCUUUAAGUACUUACCAGUUCAUGUCAUAAUGCAGUAAACUAAAAGGCUGAAACGAGAUUUUAAACUAAUUAGAUUCAGAACAUGCUGAUCUUUAUUUUUAUCUCAUAACACCAAAGAUAUUUGUUCUAAACUAUAUUUUCGAAGAGAUUUGGAUGAACUGAAUGUCAAAUGCAAUAAUAAAUACUCCACUGUUUUUCAUGAA